AUGAGCGGCGUGAGCGUGUCAUCAUUUGGAAGUGCACAUGGCUCAUCAGGAGGAAAAAUAAGGCCGAACGCAGGGGGGGAGGAGGACCAUAUCUUCGAUGAGCCACACACAAUCCAGCUUGGAAUCUUCGGGGUGCUAUACACGGUCUCCAAGGAGAAACGGCUCAGCAGCUUCAAGUUCGCUUUUUUCCGACUGUUCUUAGAUUUCUUGCAGUUGUGGCUGCUGGUGGUAAACCCUAGUUACGGUUGGGCCAUCAACGCCAGCAACAAGGCCUGGGGGGUGGUCUCGUUCAUACAACUGAACUCUUUCCUUUCGGCGCGGGGCUACACCUUUUUCCUGGUUUCGUUCUACGUUUACGUGGGGCUGUUGGGGCUCAACCUGGCGCUCAGCGGGUGGGUCGCGUACUCCUUCUCCAACAACCGCUUUGAGUACGUUUGGCCCAUUCAGUUUUUAAGAUGGUUUGGUCUCAUCUUUUACCAGAUCCUCGACAUUGCGACCCUGACAUUGCUGCUGGUAGCGCUGGACUGCGACUACUUUGAAGUGCCGGGAGCCGUCAGGUUCCGAAACCAGGAGUUCCCUCACGUUGUGUGCUGGUCCAUACCCCACAUUAUCCACGUGACGGUCUCUAUCUCGUCCAUCGUACUAUUCAUCGUCAUGGCCACCUGCAUGGUGCUGAGCGAAAUGGAGCUCAACCCCCUAACCCGCAACUUCAUGGCUGUGGUCCACACCCGGGACGAGGGACUGUGCUUUGCCAUCAAGACCACCCUCACCAUCACCUCGGUGAUAUUGUCCGGGUCGCUUAAGGCGCUGUCCCUCGUGUAUCUGGCCCUCUUUGUGGUGCUGUCGUACACGUGUGUCAUGUGGGUACCCUUUGUUCAUAGCAUCCCCAAUUACGUCCGCUGCGCGUCGUACAGCAUGGUGACGUACGGCUCCGUACUGUUGGUGGUGCUGGCGUUUGGGCCGUCGGAGGAUAUGGCCCCGGAUGCGCAGCGGUUCCGGAAACGUGUCACCUUGGCUUUGUGGAUUGGUAUGGCUCCGGCGGCUGUAGCUGGUGCCAUACUGUGUCACAUGCGACUGCGCCACAUUGAGCUUUACGUGGUCGAGAGGUUCAGGGAUGCGGCGCCGGGCACCAACUCAAGGUCCAUUUAUCGCUUCACGGACGCGCGUGAGGUCGAGAUCGCUGCUCGGUGUUGCCGGUGUUGGGAAGAUGAGGACACGGUGGACACGGAGGCGGUGGCGCUCAGCGAGCAGAUCAUCAAGGCGGGAAUGAUGCAGCUGCCGCAGGACCCACAGAUGAUUAUCUUGUAUUCGUCUUUUCUGAUUGACGUCCAAGGAAGCUACCAGUCAGGCUACACGCAGCUGCAGAACGCCAAGAAGCAGCCCCUAGGUCCCCUGCAGCACUUCGCCAUCUUCAGUCGCGAACAGGAGCACAUACAGAAGGCCAGCGGCGCCAACAGCGGCGACGCAGCGGUCGACCUCGUGACCGUGAAAGCGGCGGAACGUGCGUACCGCAGCGUGUUGGUCCGCCACGCCAGCAGCGCCCGCAUUGUACGGCUGUAUGGCAAAUUCCUCGAGACGGUCAAAUUCGACCCAUGGGCCGCUGCCAAGUGGUACACGGAGGCUGACAAGUUGGAGGAGGAGGCUGAGCAUUCCAAGGAGGCGAUGCAGCUGGGCGGAAUUGAGGCGCUGCUGCUGCAUGGCACCAGCGGUCACACGGGGCUAUCCGCCAUGGAGGGUCUUUCCUUCAUCUGUAUCAACGCACAGGGCCAGAUCCAAGUGGCCUCCCCGGAGAUGCACACGCUGCUGGGAUAUGGAAAAGCCGAGCUGAAGGGCAGGGACUUGGGAAUCAUCAUGCCACAUCCUUUUUCGGAGCGACACACAGAUUAUGUACGGCAGUACGUACACACAGGCAUUUCGACCAUGAUGGGCAAGCAGCAGGAGGUGAUGGUGGUCACCAAGGCCCGCAAGGUCGUCCAGGUGCACCUGCACGUCACCAGGGUCUCCGGACUGAACGAGGACUCCGUAUUCCUGGGUAUGAUUGAGCCCCUGCCUGCCAUCCCGGACGACGCCCGGCUGUGGAUUUUGGGUAACGGGCGCGUCGUGGCAGCUGACGGGCAGCUUUGCGACUGGCUAGGCUACGACGCCACGGACCUGGCGGGACAGCUGCUGGAGGAGCUGCUCGUGGAGAAGGAGGCGGUGCGGGACGGAAUGGCGGGCGGCGCCACCGGCGGCGACAUGGCCAGCGCCGCCACCGCUGCAGCAACCAAAGAGAUAACUCGCGGAAUGGGCUGGCUGCGACGUGCAUCCCUUGUUGAGCCGGCGAUGCAGCUGCUGUUGCCAGUGACCCACGGGUCGCCCCACAUUCCUCGUGGUAGCGGUGGCGGCGAGUUGCAGGCAGGCAUUAGUGCGCUGCCGCCGCUGGUGUUGCCGCGGGCAGCCUGGCGUCACAAGUUUUGUACCCCUCUAGAGUUUGACACGUUCAUUCAUCCCGGAGCGAUUGGCUCCGUCCAGAUGCACUCGGUCAUCUUACGCCGCUGCGCCAACGUACAGCCGUCGUACGGUCCGUACAACGGCCGCCUGCCGGAUCCAUACUACCACGACAUGUUGUUGGUGGUUGACCACCAGGGCCACGUGCUGCACGCGACGGCAGCUCUGGCGGCGGCUCUUGGACGCAGCGUGGAAAGCAUCCGUGCGGGGGUUCUGGAUCUGUUAAUUCCUGAGCCUGCAAGCGUCAUUCACGGACCUUGGUUGCAGGAGCUGUCAAACCCGCAGUCGUACGGUCCGCUGUCAAACCCACAGUUAAAGCCACCGCCGUACAGCUGCCGCAGCGGACUGGCAGUCAGCCUGAGCUCGUACAGCGAAUUGUUGGGUUUCGGUGUAAAGCAAUUUACGGUAUCGGUUGUGCAACGUCUGGCGGAGGGCGGUGGAUCCAAAAUCCACGUGGCGUCGCUGACGCCACGCUCGUUGGAGGAGGCGAUUGCGGAACGGCGCAUGAAGCUGACGCUUGACCUUCAGGGCACCAUUAUUGACGUCGACAGCGCCACGCCCACAGAGCUUUUUGGGACCGACCCACGGGGUCUGUUGGGUUCGUGUAUUUCCCAGCUCGUUGACCUUUUCGAGCAGGACGGCACGCUGUACAACGAGGCCGCAUUGGAACUACAGAAUUCAGUCGCUGCUUUUGAUCCACGACCGCCCCAGCAGCAGCAACGGCAGCAACAGCAGGCGUCGGUGGCCGGCAUCGGAGGCAAGAGUGUUGGUGCCAUGGACAUGGGUGUGGACGUACCAUUCGGUCCGUGCGGGGUGCCGGCGCGCGCCGGUCUCCGGGGGGGAGCUGAUGGUAUGGAGGCUGCGUUUGCCCGCCGACUGAGCCGUCUGCUCCUGCAUCUGGCCAAGAGGAGCAGGGAGAGUACCGAUUGUUCCUGGCGUGUGGGCGUCAAGACGUCCCCGGAUGCGGUGACCCUAGGGGAGCUCAGGCAGUUGGCGGCAGUGGGCGCUCUUGGCCCUGAGGAGCUGGCGCUCGCCGCCCAGCUGACGGGUACGCAUGCUGUACCCGCCGUCAUGCGGCUGCGCCUCGUACCGCGGCGGCAGUCGCCACUAUUGUCCAUGCAGAGUCGACGGCAGCAUCACCAUCACCAUCAGCAGCAGCAGCAGCGACGGCCUGCCCGUCUGGCGAGCGAUUCGAACCUGGGGAUGAUGUCAGGCGGGGCCGGUGGCGGCGGCGGCGGCGGAGGGAGCGGAAGCGGCGGGGGCCCAGGCAUUGAUUCUGCUGACGUAUUUCACGGUGACCUCCGACACGGCGUGCAGCAACACUUGUUAAAAAAUGGCGAGGCGGGUAUGGGCGUGUACCGCAGGAACGGCGGCGGAUAUCUGGUUGCGGCUGUGCAGCCGGCAGCAACGCAGGCGCAGCCGCACAACAACCUCGACCUAGUGUCCGAGGUGGCAGAAGGAGCGCGGCGGGUUCCAGUGUGGCAGCGGCUUGACGUCGGCGGGUAUGGCGGCAGCGUCGGCAGCGAGGCUGCGCCACCGUCCGAUGGUAGAAGCAGCGGACGUGAUAGUAGAAGCAGCGGACUUGGCAACACCACCAAUGUGGCGCCGUACCCGGGGCCGAUGGCAGCGGCAGCGGCGGUGGUGGCGGCGCCGCCGCCGCCAUUUGGACGGUCACAGACUCGGAACAACGAUGUACGGCUGGUACUGCCAUCGCCAGUUGUGUCACGUAACAGCUAUCUGAACGGCUUUGGCGGCGGUGACGGCUUCCAACUGCAGCCGGCGACGACGGAUAUGCGCACCCCGCCGCGUCUGGGCGCCGCCGCCCCCGUCGGCAGUGGUGGCAGCAGCAGCGGCGGCGGGGCCUCCGUGGUCAGGAGAACAAGCUUGGAGACGUCGUCGGCGCACGGCGUGUGGGCACCGGUGGCGGCUGCGGCUGCGGCGGACCAUCCUUGGGGCCUGGGCCGCGGCGGUGGCGGCGGCGGCGGCGGGCCGACGUGGCAGAGGGCUGUGCCAGAGUGGAUGGGUCCUGUCGCAGAAGCGACAGAGCACCCCGAUGGCUGUGACCCUGCGGCAUGCACGUUGAAUGCGGAGGACGAGGCCGUCCUGGAGCAACUGACUAAUUCUUUGGAUGAAGCCGCGGUGCAAUUGGCCAAAGACUCGCUGUCCGGAACCUUGGCGGCGGCAGUGCGAGGUACGGCGCCGCUGACGAGGUUGAGCCCCCGCUCCACGCCGCCCGGGGUGUCGUUGGAGGCCGGCAGCCCUGCCGGCGCCGGCGCCACUGCGCUGGCGGCUGCCGUCGCCGCCGCCGUCGAGCGCGCCAAUGCCACACGGCUGGCGACGGGUUCGGUUAGUAUGAGUACGGCAGGCUCCAGGUCUGUCAACGUGACGCCGCGGCCGAGCUUUACGAGUACAGCGGCAGCGGUUUGCCCGAUGCUCCAGUCGCCGGUGGCGGCAGGGGCGUCCAGGGGUCCCUCUUAUCAGUGGACGUCGCCAUGUUUGCAACAGCAACAAGAGCAGCUUCAAUCACUAUCGCCGCCGCUGCCUCAGUCGGAGGAGCAGCAGAUGAUGUCGGAAAGGCCUUCUUCGUCGACCCCGCCGCCGCCGCCGCCGCCGCAGUCACCGCCGCGCCAGUACCAGCCACAGACGCCGUUCAAGUCGAGCUCUGGGGCUCUUGCCACAUCCCUGGCGCCGCCGCCGCCAGCGGCUCGGUCGCCGCCAAGCCAGUCGCCGUCGCGAUCCGUGAUCCACUUGGCGCGGCAGCAUGUUGGGCCGUACUACAGUCGGGGCUCUGAUAGACCGUCGGCGUCACGGCAGAGCAGAAGUAGUUUCGUCGCAGCCGGCGUAGCGUCCGCCACCAAACCCAGCAAUCGGUACAUGCAGCGUGGCGGCUGCGGUGGCAGCGCCGCCGCCGCCGACUCCGCCGUCGACUCCUUCGACAAGAUAGGAAUGCUACCGGCGGCUACUGCGUUCCUGGAUGGCGACGCUUUGCCGCCGGAAGUGUCGGCGGCGGCGGCGGCGGCGGGCCUGACGCCGCCUAGUCUUGUGUUCGAGUUGGAGCUGUGGCGUGCGGAUUUACUGUCUGGUGUGUUGGAGGUAGACGACCAGGGCAAAGUACUCCGCGCCGACGGAAUGUGCCCUUUGGGGCAAGCAGGUCUGGUUCUAGGCACAGCCCAGGCGGCAGUCACAGGCACACUGGUUUCGGAGCUGCUUACGCUUCCUGCUGGUGGCGUGUCGGCGCUGCUGGAUACGGGCUCCCCACGAGCCGCCGCUGCCGACUCGGCGAUCCGCGGUGCGCUGAAAAAGCGCGCUGCGCGGGCAGCCAGGCUAGGGGGUACGACUGUCGUGACCGUACGGCACCAGAGCGACGGCUGUGCGAUGCACGUGCAGCUGGGUUUCCAGCGGUGGCUGUACGACGGUGACGUGUCGGGGCUGAUGCCCAACACCCGUCGCGCCGCCGGGCUUAUGGUGGCAGCCGGCGCUGACACAGCGGCCACCGCUGCUAGCAGCGGCGGCAGCAUUAGCAACAGCAGGGGGAUGAUUAUGCCCCACGUGACCUCGUUGGGACGUGUGGCUGCCGCCCGCUGCAGCGGCGGCACCGCCGCUGCCGGCGCCGCAUCACCUCCUGUGUUGUACCCCGUCCCCAACGGCGUGGAUCUGGCAAGUAAUUCGUCAUCAUUGACGGGUGCGGUACCGGCUGCGGUUGCGGUGGCGGCGACAACGGCUUCGGGUGGCUGCGUCGCGCUGCACACGGAGAUGCCUUCGGAUGCCGUACCACGCGACGUUGCCGCGGCAGCGGGUGAACCGCCACCGCCGCUGCCACCAUAUAUUGACCUUCCGUUGGCGUCGCCUUCGUUGCGGAUAGCGGUGCUGCGAAGCGGCCACAUCGCUGCCAACGGCACAGCACCCCCACCACGGCUGUCCAGUGGUUCGGUGACAGUGGCAGGACCGGUUGCCGACGUAGAUGUUGAUAAACCAAGAACGACAGCUCGCUUCGAAGGCAGUGCCGAGGUGCCGGCUGCGCUGUCGCGCGGCUUCAGCGGCGCAGCAGCCAGCAGCCCGGUCCAGUUGGUACCCGUCAGCGACGGCACCACAGCAGCGGCGUUUGAUCCGGAUUCAAUGUUCAGUAACGUGUCAGUCGACACGGCACCUGAGCGUGGCGGCGGCGGCGGCGGCGGCGAUCGCGGCACGGAGUUGAGCAUCAGCAACCCACGACUCGCGGCGAUCGGCAAGCCCAUGGGCAAUGGGCUCUCGACGACGCCUGUGUCGGGGUCGGUUUCGAGGACCGUCGUGGCAGUGACGGCGACGUCAGUGGCGGCGAGUCCUUCGCACCCGCCGCAGGUGCUUGCAGCGACUUUGGGCCAAGGACAGGGCCCAGAAGUCCAGAGCCCCAAGAGAAGCAUGAUGCGCAACGUCUCGAAAUGCAGCAACAAGAUGAAGGAUGUGAGACACACCCUGGUGCGGUCCUGGGCACUGCAGCCUGCCCUUCGGCUUCGUUGGCGUACGCUGGCAGCGGUCGGCCUCAUUGUGGUGGUGCACACCGUCACUUUUGCGCUGCUGCUGGCUGCACUGGUGAGGCAGAAGGCGGCAGUGGGUGAUCUGCACAGCGUGGCAAUGGCCGCUCUCAAGGUUCACGAGAUCGCUACCAAGGGCCGGACCUUGGCGGCUCUGUACUCGGGCAACAGCUACGUGCCGGGUUUGCCAAGGUUUGGAGAUCCGCUGUCGGAGGCGCUGAGCACAACUUACUCGGAGUUGCUGGAGUCCACAAAGUCCAUGAAGGAUCUGCAUCUGGGCGUGUACCUGGGCUUCAGGUCGUUGAGGCGCAUCUCCGCCAGCUAUGGCUUGAGGAGUAUCUGGGACGAUCCGCUCUUGAACGUGACACUGUACUACGAUUUGGACGAUCCCAACUACUCGAACUUAACCAGCAACCAACAACUGCUGCGAACGGCCUCGGCGCCGGGUGGCAAUAACGGCAGCAGCAGUAACACCAGCACGAUUAAUGGUACAAUUACCAGCGCCGCGGCCAUCGAGGUCCGCCGUACAACGUUCGCGACCAUGGGGCUGUGGGACGCGGGCAACUUUUAUUUGUCCAUGGCGUUUGACUUGGUCAAUAACGGUCCCAACGUAACGGCUCGGGGAGCCAACUUUUCCAACUGGUCCUCCUGGAGGUCCAUACACGACAACGGCGUGUCGGUGAUCUUCCCCGCGUACUUGGCCACCCUGGACUCGCUGGUCGAGCUCACGGUGGCAGCCAGUCGCAGCAUCUACCGCCUACAGCUGAUCGUUCUGUGUCUGGAGGGAGGGCUGCUGUGCAUCCUCAUGUGCGUCUACAUGUGGAUUAUUGCGCACCAGUACUCUCACAAGCGGCACAACCUGUACGGCGUCUUCUUGCAGAUCCCGAUUGGCGUCACACGGGGGCUUGCCAACAUGUCCCUUAACCUGGAGGCCUCGAACCAGGAGGAGGACAGCGAUGAUGACUUAACUCCUGACAACGGCACUGCCGCCGUUGCGGCAACCGAAGGCGGCGGCGGAGCCGCUGCUGGCCCCGCGUGCGGUGGCCGCAACGGCGGCGCCAAUUGUACCGGUUACGGUGCCUUCCUCGACGGCGAGGGCGUGCUUACGAACGGCGCCUACAAGGGUGCCGCCGCUGCCGGCGGUGGCGAGCGCCGCGGCGCCGGUCAGCGAUGUCGUACGUCCUUCAAGUUGGGCUCUAAGGUCAUCCCCGGCAACUGUGCUGAAAGUUUGUAUGACGGGGCAGGUGGCGGCGGCGGUGGCAAUUUUAGCAUCAAAUCUGCCGGCGGCGGCGCUGCCUUCGUGGGUACGGCCCCGGCAGCUGGCAGCAGCAUGACCGCUCGGCUGCGGGCCGUGUCCGGUGCCGUCGUCUCUCUGGUCGCUUGGCGUCGAAGGGCAAGGGUUGCCCCAGAUGCUCGCACCCACAUCCCUAGCCCCGUCGCUUCCUCUCCCAUCGUUCUCGGGGGCGCUGCUGAUCGCACCAAGAGGCGCCUCACUCAGUCGCACAAACUGGCAUACUGGCUGGUGGCCCCGUUCAUUGUGUGGGGGGCGGCGAUCAUUGCGGUCAACCUGGUGGGGUAUUAUAACCUGAAGGCCCUGACGGCUCCUAUCGCGACACUCAACAUCGUCAACGUGGUCCUUAUUCGCUUCCACCGAGUGCAGUACUUCGUGCUGGAGGUGGCGGCUGCUUGGGCCGCUGCUCUGUGUCAGCUGCUCAAGCCGGUGCUGGCCAGAGAGCUGGCGGCGUGGAGACUCGAGUACAGCGCCAUGCUGUACGGCAGCGGGGUGGUCCCCAACCAGCACGAUGACGUGCACUUCCGCCUGGCCACCACGGGUGUCGUGUUUGGGGGCUACACGCAGCCAGCCGAGCUGCUCUACCACACGGGUUCGUGUCUGUGUGCGGACUCGCCGUCCAAGUGCCAGCCGCCAGACAGUCCCUACUAUCAGGCCACCCGCAACGGUCUGGAUGUGCUAAUGAAGAGCCAGUUCCUGCGGGUGGAAUCUCUGGUCACUCAGCCCGCGGAGUCCUCGGGCCUCAACAGCACCGAGUUUGGGUUCCUUUGGUCCACCGGGUCAACAGACACGCACUGUGGGCUGAUGAAGUUGAACAUGGUGUACCUGCGUUCGGUGCUCGGGUCGUACAGUGACGUCAUCAUUCAACAGAUUGUCAUGUUUUGCAUCGCCUGGGUGUGGGGAGUGUUGUUCCUGCUGCUGCAGCUGCGACCCAUUGUACGUAAGGCCCAGAAUGAGAUGCGCCGGGUGGCCGAGCUGCUAAGUCAGCUGCCGCCGGAAGUGGAUUGCGAGGCGCUCGUGGCGGCGGUGGUACUGGGGCUCGCAGAUCAGCAAUCUCAGGCAGGAAGACGGCCAGCAGGGGCCGGCGGCAGCGGCGGCAAGGCAGCGGCGGCGGUUGCAACCUGCGCCGGUGGUGCAUAUGGCAGUUGCUACGGCGGUGUUGGAGAUGCAGGUGGAGUUGGAAAUUACGGCAGCGGUGCUAGUGGCGGCGGCGGAGGCCGCACUAGCGCCGCCGCCGCUGAUGCCACCGCCGCCGCCAGCGGUGACGUCGGCGGCGGCAAUAACGCCCUGAGCUCUGGCAGCAGACGCGCGUUUGCACAAGGCCAGGUUACAACUGCAGCACCUGGCAGUGAUAGGAGCCAGAUACGGCAUAUGCUGGAGCACAUAAGGCCGCAGGGGUGUGCAAGCAAACUUGUACGGCGGGUGCAGCACAUUUAUGUGCUGCCGCUGCCGAAGAGUGCCGACCCUGGCCCUCUCCUUUUCCCUGCCUGCGAUUAG